CAUUGAUAGCGGCUACUGAUAAACAUCUUUACAUUUCAAGGGGAUCAACCCCUGUUUGUAGGGAGGCGUGUCCUACAGAAAUCCACCCCUAAUUGUGCAAGCUUAUAAAAGUAACAAAUAGACCGCUUAUGUUUAGUUGGAGAACAUAAACAGUUGAAAACAUGAACUUAUCUUCCGUGCAAUCGAGUGCGAAGUGCGGUAGUUCCGAUUUUAGUAUUGAGAGAAUUUUAAGUGAAGAUAAUAAGGAUCGGGAAGAAAGUAGUCAGGUUCCAAAUUGGUUGUGUUGUACGCGCUAUCAGCCGCCAAGACUACCACGUGCACCUAACGCCUGCCGUGCACGUCGCUCUGGUCGGCAUGCGAGAGUGCCAUUCACAAGUGCGCAGGCGGCGGCGUUGGAGGCUGCGUAUGCGCGUGCACCUUACCUCGCGCCACCGGCGCUGCGUGCUUUAGCUGCAGCGUUGCAGCUCAGAGAUGAUAGAAUAAAGAUAUGGUUUCAAAAUAGAAGAGCAAGAGAACGAAGAGAAAAAACUGGGCCCAUCACGCCCCCCCACGCUGUGGCGUUACCCUCAACUGCUUCUCAAAGUAACAUUUUUACCGAAGCUUGGAAUCAAAGUCAAGAAAAUAUCUCAUUGGUCCUACACAGUCAGCAUUCUGAAUUAGGUGCAAAUUUAAAUAUAUCAAAUAAAGUAUAUUUUUGUCCAUCUCUCAGUACUUCCGAGGAAGAUUCAAACGAAAGCCGAUGCGAAUCUCCAAUAGACGUCGAAAACAUUCAUGGAUGAUACAUAUUAAUUAAUUUAUUCGAGUUUUACAUAAAAUAAUACUGUGAUAAGGAUUUUAAUAUAAAUGUAAUGUAAUUAUAUUAUAAUUAAGUAAAUGACUAUAUUUUUUACUUUAAUUGGAUAAUAAAAUAAUUUAUAAAUCGAAUAACAAUAUCUUGCUUACUUUGAAUUUAUUUAACUAAUUUUAAUGUAGUAGUGUAAAUAGGCAAGUUUUCCUGUUGUCAAUAUGUCUAGUUAUUCGUAAUGAAAACAUCGUAAUAUUAUCUGAUUGGAUGGUUAAUUACAAUUUGACUUUAGGACCUGGUUACGACCGAGAAACUCGCGCAAAUGAUAUAAUAAUGUUACAUUAUAUGAUACCCUUUUCAUAAUGAUAGAUUCAAUUCAAAGAAAAUUUAAU